CACAGGAGCAGACCUCUUCACGACCUCCUCUGCUAUUCCUCGGCACCUUUCUCCUCUCUGGGCCCCCUGCUGCAGCGGGGACUGGGGGAGACUGGUAACACACACCCACACACACACACAAAGAGAAAAAGGAUAGAAAAGCUCUGAUUCCUCUGGAGGACAGGGAGCUCUGACUCGUAUGAUGUCUGUUGUGGGCGCCCAGCCUUUCAUCAAGCCAAUGCAGACUUCUCCUUCGGUUUCGCCCGGCAUCCAGCGGAGACACACGCUGCCGGCCAGCGAGGUGCGGCCGCUCAACACGCAGGACGCCAUCAGCGUGUUUGAGAUCGAGAGGGAGGCUUUCAUCUCGGUGUCCGGGGAGUGCCCGCUGCACCUGGAUGAGGUGCGUCAUUUCCUCACGUUGUGUCCGGAGCUGUCGAUGGGCUGGUUCGAAGAGGGCCGCCUGGUGGCGUUCAUCAUCGGAUCUCUGUGGGACCAGGACAGGCUCACCUCAGAUGCGCUGACCCUCCACAAGCCCUGUGGCUCCACCGUCCACAUCCACAUCUUGGCGGUCCACCGCACCUUUAGGCAGCAGGGCAAAGGCCCCAUUCUGAUGUGGCGCUACCUGCAGUACCUGCGCUGCCUGCCCAACGUGCGCCGAGCCGUGCUGAUGUGCGAGGACUUCCUCAUUCCCUUCUACCGCAAGUCGGGCUUCAAGGUCCUGGGCCGCUGCGCCAUCACCGUGGCCAACCUCACCUUCACCGAGAUGUGGUACCCGAUCAGCGGCCACGCGUACAUGCGCCGCAACAGCGAGGCCAUCCGAUUCCCCCAGCAUCCGCUGACUCUUCCUCAGACAAAGACUGAUGAGCAAGUCGAUUUAUGACUCUGCUUUUGGUUGUUGUUGUGGUUUUUUUCUUGCUGACAUCAGGCACUCGGACAGAGCCGUUCCAAGGUUGUGUGAGGCCAUGAGCAGAGUUUUAUUUGGGGGCCGACUCCUUGUCUUGUAACAAUAUGUAAGAAAGUUGAGUUACAUUAGAUUAUAUCAGUAAGCACCAGUACUUUUCUUUUACACAGAGCUCUGUACAUUGUACUGAGGGAAGUCACUGAGGAUUCUGCAUAUUCCUCAGGACUCAGAAUUUAUUUAGAAAUCAACCUCUUAGAACCAGGUAGGAAAUAAUUUUAUCACCUAAUUCUAAAGUUUAACACUAAACUUUAUCCUAAGAGGGAAAAGAUGGACAGGGUGAUCAGUUCUUGGAUCUUUGUGAUCUGUCCACUUUCCCAGCACCAGACCUCACACAGAAUAAAGAACAGAGCGCUUUACUUGACGUCUUGCCCUGCUGCUGUUUCAGCUCUCACUAAAGCUGCCUGAGUCUCGACGAUCCCAACACCCAACCUGUGUUCGACCAGCAUGUUGUGCAGAGACUCGAACUACAUCCAAGCUGAGAGACUGUCGAGACUCAAAACAAAUAGCUUUUCAGUCAGAGCAAGGUCGCUGAAAGACUUUUAGGAUGUCCUUGAAUGUUUGGAUGGCACCAAAUCUGGCUCACAGUGGAACGGGAUGGCGAACGUGAAGGGUUACGCAAUUUAAAUAAACUUAAAAGGUUCAAUUAGAGGAAGCCCCAAUAAAACUUUUCUAAAGUUGGGUGCCCCUAAAACUUUCCGGGCUCUUGGCUGCCUCCUCUGGCCAAACAGGAAAAUAAUAGAGAAUGCAUUUUAGAAAGAAGAACAUAAGCUGACCCGUGUUGUGCUAUUUAUCUAUUUAUUUAUAUUUUUGUUAUUCAUAGAAUAUCACAUAGGUUUUGGUAUCCGAUACCAGAUAAACACUGGGCCAGUAUCACAGAUAUCAAUUCUGGCACUGAUACUGAUACAGACUGUUUCAAAAUCAUUGAUAUUUUUGUAUCAAUCUGCCCACCUUUAUUCAACCAAAAACCUGCCUGUUAUUCCUACUUGCAAAAUUCAGCUCUGCUUUAGGCUGACGCUGUUCGAACACAAUGUUUUGAAUCUAAAAUAAAGAAAAGUGAAUCAGUA